AUGGCCGAAUUAGAUCCUUUGUUGCUUGGUUCGGUUGGAUUUCUUCUAACAGCGAUAACGCUGAUAAUUGUUCGAGUGAUUAUGUUGUAUUAUGAUGAGAGGAAAGCGCACCAACGUACAGAAGCGAUUUUGGCGAUGGCGGCCGAGGAUGGUCGUAGGGGUCGUGAUGAGCGAGAAACUGUCGUUGUUGCUGGCAGACGGCGAGCGGCCGCUCGAAGACGUGUGAAUCAUGGAGAUGAGGAUAUGGGCUUCGUGGCAGCUGCUGCUGGCAUGAUAAAUAACGAUUCCGAUCAAGAAGAAAAUCCGUUACUGGGUGAAGCGAACGCUACAGAUGAACACAUCGGUAAAAAGAAACUUGCUAAGAUGCAAGCAAAAGCUGAACGAAAAGCGCAACGUGAAGCGGAGCUCGUUGAACGUGAGGAAAGGAAGAAAAGAGAAAAAGAAAAGGAGGAAAAACGCGAAGCCGAACGAGAGAAGGAACGAUUAGAAGAGGAAGCCGAGAAGGAAAGAAAACGCAUCGAGAGGGAGGAACGUGAAAAACGUGAAGAGGAGGAAUAUCAGAAGAUGAAAGAAGCGUUUGAAGUGGACGAAGAAGGAUUUGAUCUACGUGAUGAUGAGGAAAAUGAAAAUUUAAUGAAGCAGUUCGUUGAUUAUAUCAAAAGUGCGAAGGUGGUUAAUAUGGAUGAAUUGGGUGCACAUUUCAAGUUGCGAACUGAAGAAGCGAUUGAUAGGUUGAAUUAUUUCAUCGAUAAUGCCUUCUUAACGGGUGUGAUGGAUGAUCGAGGCAAAUUCAUUUAUAUCACUGAUGAUGAAUUGAAAGCCGUUGCGAAGUUUAUCAACCAACGUGGUCGCGUUUCGCUGAGUGAAUUAGCCGAAUACAGCAAUAAGUUGAUCAGUUUAGAUUCGAAGGCAUAA